AUGAUGGAAUAUGCGCAAUAUCAACAGCCGCCACAGGCUCAGCAUACACAUAGCCAGGGACAUAUUCAAAGCGGAUACCCUAACAACGGGCAACACUCAAAUCCAGGAACACACAUUACACCGUCUCAACAUCCUGCGCACAAUCAGCCUUCACCGAUCCUUUCUCAGCAACAACAAUCAGAUCAACAGAGUAUUUCCAUACAUCAAUCAAUGAGUUUUCAACCACCCUAUGGUGUCCCACACCCUCAAAUACAGUACGGUAUGAAUCAGCAAGCAGCGACCAUGGCUGCUACCGCUGCAGCGACUGGACAAGGAUAUCAGUACAGUCUUUCUGAUACCGGCUUGACACAAAAUUCACCUCUAGGAGGAGUUUCUGUAAAGACAGAUCUUGGGCAACGGUCACCAAAUCCCAUGAACAAUCAUAUUGGACAUGGGCGACGUAUAAGUCAGAUGAAUAGCCCUGCAAUGCCAAGUUCUCAGCCAUUAAUGAAUCAUAAUGUCAAUCGACCCUUAGUAACGCAAAUGCCUACAACUCAUCAGCCACAGUCACCUGAGCAUGACACUACCGUUGUAGAAGAAUCGCCGUUAUACGUUAACGCAAAGCAAUUCCACAGAAUCCUAAAGCGUCGCAUCGCAAGACAGAAGCUCGAAGAAGCUCUACGACUUACAUCAAAAGGAAGGAAACCGUACUUGCAUGAAAGUAGGCAUAAUCAUGCGAUGAGAAGACCAAGAGGACCUGGUGGUAGAUUUCUCACUGCCGACGAAGUUGCGGAAAUCGAGAAGACAAAAUUAGAAGGAUGUGAGGGCUCAACAGAUAUCCACAGUAAUAAUUCAAGGACCAAUACCGUCCCAAACAGCAAACGAAAGGCAGAAGCUCAAGAUCUAACUCCCAACAAGAAGCCUAAAUCGCAGAUACCUCAUCGUCGUAAUAGCGACGAGGAAGAUGAAGGAGACGAUAAUGGUGAUGCUGGCUGA